GGGAAGACCAUAGAGGAUACUGCGCCGCCUAGAGAGGCCAACUUCAGAGGGCGUGGGGACCGUCACGUGGUGUCUUCUGAGCCGCCAUUGCUUUGUGGGGGGGGGGAAUGCCCACUUGUGAGGGGCGACAGUCGCCAGCCGGCCGUAACGUCAACUGUGUCGUGAAGGAGGAGCUUCCGGAAAGGCGGUAGGCGCGUUCUCCGCGGAAGCGUCUCUCAGCUGUCACGCUCUCAGUGCACAGAGCGCUUUCAUUUGGAGAUGACAUACAGAAUCCAGUCUGUUCAGCCAUGAGCAUCAUAGUCUGCUGACCAGGGUCAUUGUGCUUCUCUUCUUGCAACGGCUUAGAGUAGAGCUAUCAUGGUAAAAUACUGUGCAGCAUAUAACUGCAGCAAUUCAGACACAAUGUUAAAUCGCAAACAGGGAAUAACUUUUCAUAGGUUUCCAAAGGAUAACAGAAGGAAGCAAGAGUGGGCCCAGGCACUAUGUCGUGUGGACCCUGUGAGUGGCAAUCUUUGGACUCCAUCUGUAUGGGACAUGAUAUGUUCCCAGCAUUUCAAUCCUGAAUGUUUUCGGGAAAUCAAUGGGAAAAAGUUUCUUAAGGAAGGAAGUUGUCCUUCUGUUUUUUCGUUUCCUGAUGACUGUAAGAAAAUAAAUACUCCAAAGAAAACAAGAAAGAACGCCAAAUGUGUGGGAGCAUUUGAUGUCCCUCUUUUUCAGGCAGAGUCCAGUCACAAUGGGGCAUGUAGUGAGCAAACAACACCAAUGAUCUUGAGUAACAGAUCACAAGAUUCACUUGAGAACAUCAGUGUGGGUGAAGUGGAGCAAUGUAGCUUUUCUCUAGAAAUAAACCCUACUGCAGAAUGUAAUGCAACGGACAGGCUUAUGACUGAGCACCAUUACCAUAUCACAGAUAGCCCCAAAACUUUGAAAAGGAAGCUGGAUGAACUAUUAAUGGAGAAUGACAAGCUGAGAAGAAGAUUGAGGAACACACCUCUUGAAGAACAGAUACUCCAUAAAAAUGUGGAUGUUUCACAGGACAGCAAGCAUUCCAAGUCUGUGUUGAGGGAAACGACCACGAUGACCUUAGACAAUGGAGGGUGUUCUUACCCCCAGGAAACUUCUGUCGGCUGCUUACAUUAAUGGAAUACUACCCAUUACUUCUGUGUAUCUACUUACUUUCAUAUGACCAAAUUUAGCUACUCAGUAAAAAGGUAAAGGUAAAGGUUCCCUUGCUCGAAAGCCAGUCGAAUCCGAC